AUGUCGUUCUAUAGAAAUGCAUUCGGCAACCCGGUCGUCGCCGAAAUGCCUGGCUAUAGUAACACCCCCCUCUUACUCGACACUCGCUAUUACAAUUACACGUCAAUCCCAGAACUUUCUCCCAACGUCUCACCUGCGAGCUACUACGCAACCCAGCCUGAAUCAACCGGUAUUCCCGAGCCAAGCUACUGGCCAGAAAACUUUAUCGACCAGACUCCUCCAACCUCAGGAUCAAACAGCCCGGACGAGGAGCGCCCCGGUGCCCUGUGGCCCCUGUCUCCACCUUCACCACAUGACUCAUCAAGGAAACCAACCAGGAGUCGAAUGCCACGUACCCGGUACGAGCCUUACCCAUCACAUCACCCCUCAUAUUAG